AGCCGGCCCGCACUGCCUCCCCUAACAUAAGUCCAGUGGCCACAAAGGCGCGAGAAUGCCAUCGAACUCACUGAUCAAGAAUAUGAAUGCGUUCCCACGCGGCCACAACCUUCGUACUUCAACACAACCAACAUCUCCCCUCUGGGUAUAUAACACACGGUCUUGAGCGGUAUCCGCCUGUUUUCCAUUGACACUAUGAGGGACCCCUACUCUCGCGACUUUGAAGAUUGGAUCAUGGAUGAAGUAUAUCCCGACGAUAUCUAUCCAAUCAGUCCUACUCCUCGGCCUAUGAUCACAUACAACUUCAGGAACCCUUUCACGAUCUUGCACAAUGGGCCGGAUGGAAAAUUCAAGGGCGCGAGGACCAUCACAUUCACAUGCUCGCGCUCAAACACUAGAUUGACAGUUGUUGAAUCGAAUGGAUGGGAGGACCAUGUCGUUGACCCGGAGAGGACACUCAGGCGGGUGGCUGCUUCUGGAUUUUAUGAAGUACUGGGGAAGAGUGGACAUGUUUUUCUGGAUGAGUCCAGAUGCAGCGACGCCGAAGAACAAGAAACGAAUUUUGAUUCGCAGCAAGUCGAAUACCAGUCUCAACCCUUGGAUUUCGACAACGAGAUGGAAACAUCAGCAGGGAAACGAGGCGUUCGGUUCUAUGGAUAAACGAGUUUGUCGAUCACUCAUGUUGCCUCCACACUCCGUCCAUACGAUAUCGUAGCUUUUGUCCUUAUCAUGUGUGUUUUAUAAUACGGAACUACUGCCAUUGAUCUUGCAUGGAGGGUGCAACUCGUUUGGAGACAGCGAUGUUAGGGUUUCUGCCGUUAUUUGGAACCCGAUUUAGGGUGACCAUGCUGUCGCUUUCUUCUCACCGAGAAGGAAACCCAGUUGAUCUCACAUACUUGGGCAUUUCCGUCAAACAAAAUCUCCAGGCGCCAACAGACCUCUCAGUGCAAUGGGAGUAGGCCAUUACUUGGACUGCUAG